UAUUUCGCCACACAAACACAUGGCCUGUGCAAGCGACGACACUCUGGACAGACGAUUUCUGUUUUCAAUCUUGAAGAAUUUUAGGAAACGUGUAGACCUGAUGUUGUAAGAACAAGAAAACCUCGUGAAUUCGUGUCCUAUCAAAAGCACAAAGCUGUAAGAAAAAUGUAUUACAAACGUAUGUUGACUAUACUAUUAACUUUAUUUGCUGCCACAUUUUUUAUUAGUGGUAGUUAUGGGGUCGCUGUCAUGAGUAUUGAUAUUGGCAGUGAAUGGAUGAAAGUUGCUAUUGUGUCUCCUGGAGUUCCUAUGGAAAUUGCCUUGAAUAAAGAAUCCAAAAGAAAAACACCAGUUACCAUAGCAUUUAGAGAUGGAGAACGUACCUUUGGAGAGGAUGCUCAGGUGGUUGGAGUUAGAUUCCCUCAAAACAGUUUUUCCUAUCUACUAGAUCUUUUGGGAAAACCAAUUGACAACCCAAUUGUUCAAUUGUAUAAAGAAAGAUUCCCAUAUUACAAUAUCAUUGCUGAUGAAGAAAGGAAUACAAUAGCCUUUAGACUUGAUAAAAAUACCACCUAUACUCCAGAGGAACUAAUUGCACAAAUUUUACAUAAGGGAAAGGAAUUUGCUGAAAACUCUGCAGGACAAGUGAUUAAUGAGGCUGUUAUCACUGUGCCUGGUUUUUUCAAUCAGGCUGAAAGAAGAGCUCUGUUACAAGCAGCCGACCUUGCAGGCCUUAAAGUUUUACAGCUGAUUAACGAUUAUACAGCAGUUGCCUUGAAUUAUGGGAUUUUUCGGCGAAAAGAAAUAAAUGAUUCAGCGCAUUAUAUUAUGUUCUUCGACAUGGGUGCCAGCAGUACUACGACUACUAUCGUAGGAUAUCAAAAUGUUAAAACAAAAGAAAAGGGUUAUGUGGAAACGAAUCCUCAGGUUAGCAUUUUAGGCGUUGGUUAUGAUCGAACUUUGGGUGGAUUGGAAAUGCAAAUUAGACUGCAAAACUAUCUGGCCAAAGAAUUUGACGCCUUGAAAAAGACUCCAAACUCGGUCUUUAAAAAUCCCAGAGCGAUGGCUAAGCUCUUCAAAGAAGCAGGUAGAGUUAAAAAUGUUCUCAGCGCUAAUGCAGACCAUUUUGCCCAAAUUGAGGGACUUCUUGAUGAGCAAGAUUUCAAGUUACAAGUUACCAGAGAUAAGCUGGAAGAAUUGUGUGCCGAUUUAUUUGAGCGUGUGGCUAAUCCUAUUAAAAUGGCAUUAGAUACUUCUGCUUUGACAAUGGACAUAAUAUCACAAGUUGUUUUGGUUGGUGCUGGUACUCGUAUGCCAAAGAUUCAGGAUAAGUUGACUGAAUUCGUUAAAAUGGAAUUAUCGAAAAAUAUAAAUACCGACGAGGCUGCAGCCAUGGGCGCCGUUUAUAAAGCGGCUGAUCUUAGUCAGGGUUUCAAAGUAAAGAAAUUUAUUACUAAGGAUGCCGUUCUGUUUCCCAUCCAGGUCGUUUUCGAUAGGAUAGUUGACGGCAAGACAAAGCAGGUUAAAAGAACGCUGUUCGGGAAAAUGAAUGCUUAUCCACAGAAGAAAAUAAUUACAUUCAAUAAAUAUUCUGAUGAUUUUAAAUUCAGUGUCAAUUAUGCUGAAUUAGAUCAUUUGCCACCUAAAGAAAUAGAGGCUCUCGGCAAUUUGAGCUUAUCGGUCGUUACUUUAACCGAAGUUGCUGAGGCUCUGGCAAAACAUGCAAAGGACGGUGCUGAGAGUAAAGGCAUAAAAGCGCACUUUGCAAUGGAUGAGAGCGGUGUACUAAAUUUGGUGAACGUUGAAUUGGUUUCUGAAAAAAUAGGUGCUGCUGUUGAAGAAGAAGAGGGUACUUUCUCAAAACUUGGCUCAACAAUAAGUAAACUUUUUGCAGGUUCAGAAGAUAAGGGACAGGGUGAUAAAGUAGAGGAAUUACCAAAGGAAGACAUAAAACCGGUUCAUGAGCAGCAGGAUUAUCCUGGUCAGCAAAAGGAAGCUGAAGAAAAUGCAAAGAAGAAAAAUGACACGAAAUCGAGCGAAGAUAAACCAACAAAUAAAACUGAGAAGUCAGAUAAAGAGAAGAAACUAACAGUGGUCACGAUUAAAGAGCCGAUUACAGCCGAGGAAAUUAAAUUGGGAUCACAACCUUUAGCUGGAGAGAAGUUGCUCGAAUCUCGUGAAAAAUUACAUGCUUUGGAACUCUACGAUUUGGAAAGAACGCGUCGCGAGAGUGCAUUCAACAAUUUAGAAUCUUUUGUCAUUGAUGCACAACAGAAAUUGGGAAUUGAUGAAUAUAUUGCAGCCACGACUCCAGAAGAAUCUGAAAAGAUUCUAAAAGCGUGCAGUGAAAUUUCUGAAUGGCUCUAUGAAGAUGGUUUUGAAUUGACUGCUGAUGUCUAUGAGGAGAAAUUGGCUGAGCUUCGAAAGCUAACCAAUGAUCUUUUUGAGAGAGUCUUUGAGCAUAGAGAACGACCAGAAGCUCUUAAGGGAAUGACGUCCAUGAUAAAUGGAAGUACUACCUUUCUGAAAAAUAUGCGCAACUUGACAAUUGCAAGUGAAAUCUUCACUCCAGUAGAGAUGGAAACCCUUGAAAGAGUUAUCAAUGAAACUCAGGAUUAUUAUGACACAAUUGUCAAGUAUGUAGCCGAAACCCCGUUAUUCGAAAACAUAAAAUACAAAGUGCGUGACAUAGCAAAUAAAAUGGCCCUUCUCGACCGGGAGGUGAAGUAUCUCGUUAGCAAAACAAAAAUCUGGAAAGCGAAGCAAGAUUCGUCUUCAAACCAAACGGAAAACACUGAAGAGGAAUCAAGUGGAAUGCCAGAGAGUUCAGAACCAGAAAUCACAUCAGAAGCGGAAAGCGAGAAACCUGAAGAAAAUGGAAAAGUGGAGAACGAAUAUACUGAAGAACACGGACAAGUAGAGAGCGAAGAUACUGAUGAAAAUGGAAAAGUAGAAAACGAAGAAAUAGCAAAGAAACCUUUACCAUUACCGGAAACAUCUGAUGGUCAGAAACAGUCCAAUGUUAAAAUUGAUCAACAACAUCAAGAACUUUAAAAAUUAUUUUUUUUAUUUAUAUCUAUAAAUUUUAAUUAUCCAUCGAUUGAUGCGCGCGUGGGCCAUUCAUUAUGCAGGAAAGUUUCACCAGUAUUUUGCCUAAACUUUAUCAAUUGGGUGUGCAGAAACCAUACGGGAUACUCUACGUAAAAGUUCUCAUGUCCAAAAAAAUCAUGUGCUAUUUAUUAUUACUACAUUAACCUCAUUAUAUGGGAGGCACCCCAUGUUGCCACCUACUGUAUAAUAUACUUGGCAUGCGAUUCGACCGAGUUCUCUUGAUAUCCCAUACCACUAUAUAAACGCAUUUACCGGUAUAUAAUGAAAGGAUAAGAAUGCCAUCGUCUCUGCAAGUAUAAAAGAUUGGUGAUGCACCAUGUUCCAAAGUCUUUACUGAAGAGUUCUCAGUGAAAAUUUUAAUAAUCAAUACAAUUCAUACUGUGUACAGUCAAGACUUAUAACAGUUGACUAGCUCACAUCUAUUACUUAGUGAAUUUAAACUUAUAAAUUAAACUGUUUAAAAAAGUAGGAGGCAGUUACAGUUUACUAAAGAGAAAUGAAGCUUGAUGAGCAGUGAUAUUGAUACUAAAAUUUGAUAUAUAGAACUUGCACUCUAUGUGAGUUUUGUGAUACAUUCAUAUUUCACUCUUUGCAAAUGUAACAGUAUCUUUUAUAGUUACAUAUUCAAGGGACAAACGUGAAACAUAAUGUGUAUAAAGUGUUGUUUCUACUGUGCAAAGAAUUUUAUAUUGCUUGCACUUUAAGUGAUUUAAUAUUAGGACGAACUAUCACAAAUGUAUUAGCUGUAUGUUUCAUUGUGAAAUUCUUUUUAGAUUUUUUGCAUAACAAAACGUGUCAUUCACUUUCAUUUUUAUCUUCUUUUGAAAAAAAUACAAUAACUCUGCAAUUUAUAAUAACAAAGUGCAUAAACAAAUAGUGCUUGCUCAAGAUUGUGACAUUUUAACACACUUAUUAACUGUGCCUCAAUCACAACUUCUUCACUUUAGUAAACUUGACAAUUAGAAAAUGAGAAUAGAUUGAUUGAUUCAGUGUCACAGUUCAAUACAGAACAUAUUCUUGUAUUUUCCAGAAUAAAUAGUCUCUUAAAUUAUUCCCUAUCGCUGUACCAGGAAGUUCAUGUGGGAUAAUGCAUGGAUAAAAAUUAAUGCUGAUUGAUAACUCAUGAUGUCUGUAUAAAUAAUUCGUCCUUGCAUUAUCAAUUUGAUUAAUUUUUGGUGAAUUAGUGAAUUACCAUCCUACUGUACUUAUUUUGCAUCAUUCCAUUGAAUUCCCUCUAAUCACAUUUCUGAUAAUUCAAUUUGUUAUUUAUUGGGUGAAUAAAAUGUAUUUAUUAGUAUAGGAUUUCAGCUAAAUAAAUCAUGAUGUUCUAAGGA